AUGAACAAAAAUAAACACAGAAGUAAAAAAAGAUUACCAAAAGGAAGAGAGAGGUAUGUACCAACUCAAGAAGAAGUUGAGAGAAGAAAUGCAGAAAUUUCUAGAAGACAGUAUGAGGAAGAAUCUGAGGAAGAUUCAGAAAAUGAAAAAGAAAAUCAAGAAAAUAAAAAGGAAACUUCAGAAAAUGAAAAAAUGAUAGAUAAUAAAAGUAAUAUUAAAGAUAAUGAGAAAUCUCCUUUAAAUGAGUAA